UUAAACACAGUGGUACAUACGAUGACAGUGAUGAUGAGGUUAUCUUUAGGUCACUGUAUGAACCCUUCAUUCGCCUUUUGUACAGCAACCUGAGAGAAACGCCUCCAGAUGCCAUCACCAGUGAACCUGACCAGAGGAGAGGUGACCGUGUAUGUUUGGUUGUACCAGGCUUUGACUGCAGCAUUGUCCCAGGUUUAGCCGCUAGUGAUAAUGUUGCACAGACUGGUCAUGGCAGCCUUUGGAUCAUCCACUCUAAUGAGCUAUCUAGGGAUAGCAGAGAUGAAAAUGCCAGCAGUGGCAAACAGCUGUUGCACUUGUUAGAGCUGAACUGUCAAGAUCUGAACAGUGGAGAAAGUACUGUAAAGGGGACUAAACCUGACAGCUGUAGCUACACUGGCAAAGGAAUGCAAGGGAGCAGCAGUAACAGCCUGAAUCCUGAGUUUCACUGCCACACACACAAGCACUUGAGGAAACUUGAAAAUGCAGGGGAAAAUAAAGAGGUGAUGAAGCAUCUGGUAGUCAGGAGGUGUGGCUCAGCAGGUAGCUCGCCAGAGGAGUCACUGGACAGCAUUGGGCUGAACAGAGAAAGUGAAACAGCAGAGCUCCAGGAGCUCCUGGUCUCAGACAAGCUGUUGCCACCUUUUUUUGUGCAAAACUCUUGUCCAUGUGAUUCUUUCACCAUUCACAGUGAGGGUUCCAGACUGGCGUCUGCAGUUAAAGCAAAAUCAGUAGAGCUAUUAAGGGAAAACAUCAGGGAGAAUGAGAAAAGAGCAAAGCUGGUACAAGCCCUCGCUCAGGAGGACAACUGCUACAUGAAGGUGGCCUAGCCAUGCCGGCCAAGACUGAACCAAACCAGCCUUUGGAAAUAAACUGCAUGACAGACUGAAAUGUUACGUAUUCUUCCAGUUGUGCCUGAGGUGAGGGCUUCUGCAGUUCAGACGUGGAUUCAGUGAGUUGUAACGCACCUGCCUUGUACAGGGCCAGCGACUGGUGCGUGCCGCAGCCUGGGAACGGUCGGGGCUGGCGUCUGAUGGUUGCAGCUACAGCUCUGUUGGGGGCCAAACCAGAGCUGAAAUUCUUCUGGCCAUGAUUGUUCUCUACAAGCAAGCAGCAGCUGCCUAAAGGAGUUGUUCUCGGUACAGCUCCUGCGGUUGUUGCUCUGGGUCUGCGUGUUGCUUGGGAAGCACACAAAGUCGAUGUGGAAGUGGGACGGAGGCACGAGGGAAAGGGGAAGUGACUGGCUUGCACUGACAGCUUCCAUGUCCUGGGGAGGAGGGCGGUCCUGCGCCUGGGCUCCGUGUUUCUACACUUCCUCAAUCAAGACCUGAAAUAAAGAUUGCUGUUAUUUGAGCUUAAGCAAUGCUAUUAUUGAUGAUUAGUUUCUUAUUCUGUAGAAGCAAGCAGAGAUAUUUAAUUCUUCUACAGCUGUAAAUGGAAUCAGACGUUUCUAAGUAGUGUUUUCCCAGAAAGUUUAUCCAGUUUACAGUCAGGUUCUCUAAAAUGAUGGACCAUUAUUUUUGCUUCUUGUUCUUAUCUGGUCAGAAUGCCAGCAGCUUUAAGGCAAAAUAUACUUCUUGUUGGAUAAUUGUUCCAAAAGUUUUACUCACAUCUAUGAACUUUUCUAAGGCAUUAUCAUAUAUUUUGGUACGGUAAAUUCCACACUAGUACACUGUCAGUGGCACAAAAUAGUUAAGAACCAUUAAGUAAUUUUAUGUGUAUCAAAUUCUACAUGUGUAUUCUCGUUAUUUAGAAAACUAUUUGUAUUGCCGUUCCUAAGGAAGGAAAUCAUAAUGCUAAGCACAGAAACUGGUUUAACGUGUUUUGUAAGUAAGAUUUUCGUGCUGCAGAUCUCUUCAAAGUUCAGGUUGGCCAAGUAGUAGAACUUUCUAUGCAACAGUUUUGCAGCAGUAAAAAGGCCUGGAAGGAAACUCGCAGUGAACGGUCUGUAUUUGUGAUGGUCAAUAUUUGUGUAGACACUGGUUUGUAGCUCACUUUCACUAAAUUGUGGUUAGUGAAAGAUCUGCUGCUUGUAGCUGAGGUGCUGAUGGACAUCCUAUUUACUUGGUUUUACUGAAAAUAUUGGGUUGAAUUUUGUUUUCACUGAGGUGUGGUUUAGCUCUAUCAGAAAUGCUCUUUCUGUACAUGAGGGUGGUCUCUGCUGUAGUUAACAUCAGCACGAGUUGUGUGGAGGAGGAGGGCUGUGAGGCAGAAGUGGCUCUCCGUGACCCACCAGCGAAACCUAUGCUGAAAUGGUGGGACAGGAAGGUGUGCAAAGGCCAUGGUCUGCCUUGUGAGUCAGACCCAAAUCCAAGCAAAGUCAAAUUUAAGCAAAAUCCUAUGGCUGGUUGUUGCAUCUCCCUGGAGCGGAUUCCUCCCUGGUUACUAUAGUGGCGCAGGACUGCUAAGGGAGGUGCAAGAACACCAGUGACACCUUCUUCCCCAUCUGCUCCCGUGCUUUCUCCUGUGCUCUUGUGAGUCCUUCUGGAAGGCUCACGCUUGGCUGGCAGAGCCAGGAGUGGUCUGCUUGGGCCAAGGGUGGAAAGCUGUCUGCUGCAGCACCUCUAUGCUGAGCCUCAGCCUCAUUCUGCCCUUCCCUGGCUUUUUUCCUUCGGCACAGCUAUGCCCUCCUGUCUGCUCAUUUCCAUUGGACUGCUUUCUGUGCAUGGGUGUUCCUUCCCUUCACCCCCUUCAGUACUUCUCUGGUGACAUCCAGCUAACCCUGGAAGACGGAGUCCUCCACCUGUGCCUUUUCAUAAUCCAGACCUGGUGAUAAACUCUGGGGAUGGCUGCAGUAGGAGCCAUGAGCCAUCCUCCACUGCCUCCACUUAUGCUAUCGAGAGCCUUUGUGGAGCUAUAAGCUGCAGAUAGGUUUCAUGUGAGAGCUUUCUGGCCUGAGGUGGUGAUCUGCCCAGACCGUAUAGGAAUCCUGACUUUGGCUGCAUCCUCAUGACAUGUUACUGGGUUGAGCCGCCCCUCCUGGGGACCAGCUUGUGCUCGCGUGGCACUGGCCCUUCCAGGAGGAGAGCUUCGUUCUUGAAGGCUGGGGCCCUCCAAGCACAUUGUUUUUAGCUGGUGGAGGGCUCCUAGCAGGACAGGGAUUUACUGAUGGUAGUAAGUGUACUUAUAAUGUUUUUCAGUUUGUUUUGUAAGACUGCAGUGUCAUUGAAGGCUGGUGCCAAGUUUUAGCCUAGUUAUAAUGCCAUUUAUUACUCUCACCAUCACUCCACCUCCACAUCUUUAUCACCUGGCUGCCUACCAACUGUUAACAACGUGAUUCACUGUGAAUAAAAUGAGUUCCCGAGAAAAGCAGGUGUGUUCCCAGUUCAGGAGAAGCUGGUUCAGAUACACUCCUUUUCCUUUGCAGCUAAUGCCACAGGCUUGCCUUCGUAUUUCUCUUCUUUCUGAACAGUGUUUGCUCCUUGGAAGUCUGUGCCUGUACAGAACAGCUGUUGGCAAAUUCCUAUCAAGCACAAGGACAUCCAGUCAGAACGAAAAUGAGGAUCAAACUAUGGGUCCAGAGUAUUUCCUUCUUCCUUUUCUUCCAAUACACUAAGUGUUGUGAAAACCUCACUUGUUUUGUGGACUACGUAGAGACCCUGUCCUGCAUCCUGAGAAAUGACUUGGGUGCCAGUUUGUAUAACCUCACUGCGACAUGGGUUCAGGAAGAAGAUCCAGAAAAUCCUGUGGCUGCCUGCAGUCUCCUGCAACUGUCCAGGAACACCAGUCACACACAGUAUGCGUGCACAGUGGACAUGACUGAAAUCCUGGCAGAUGUCAAAGUCCAAGUGGAUGUUACAGAGGGAGCUGAUAGGCAGCACGUGAUUUCCAAAGGCUUUUAUAUGGCAGAAAACAUCAAACCACAACCUCCAUUCAAUCUGACCACUGUGUUCUCAGAGGGCUACAAUAUUUCUUGGGAAACCAUCUACCAGAACACUCCUUUCUACUUUUUGAAUGAGGAGCUGGAAUAUCAGCUGCGUUAUAAGAGAAGGACUGACACCUGGGAGACUGAGAAGACUAAAGCUAUCCAUGAAGAUAAACGAACACUGGUGAUCCUGCCAUGGGAACUCCAGGCCAACACUGAAUAUGAGUUCCAAGUGAGAGCCAGGCCCCGAGAAGACACCGUCUACCGUGGAUUUUGGAGUGAAUGGAGUCCUCCACUGACUUUGAAAACCAGCCCUGCUGCAGUGACAGAGACAGCAGGCGUGAGAUGGCUGCUGCUGUCAGGUGUUGUCUUGGCAAUCGCUGCCUCGGUCAUAACCUUUCUGGCCAAACAGCAGAGAUUGUGGAAGAAGAUGGAAGCUUGUAUUCCAGACCCUGCUUCCUUUUUCAAACCUCUUUAUCUGGUGCAUAAUGGAGAUUUCAAGAAGUGGGUUGGUGCAUCCCAUACAAAAGUGACCCUCGAUUUCUUUGAAUGUGGAGUAGUCCUUCCAGAAGUCCUAGAAGUUUAUGCCAUGCAUCCUUCCAAAACCAUCUCACGGGAGGAGCUGCGUGAGCUGAGACAAGAUCUGCCUUGCAAGCCAUGUGUGUCUUGCCUGACUGGCCCAGUGCAGCAUAGCCAGUCUCUGUUGUCUAGCGUGAACAGCAGCAGUGGGACUCAGGACCGGUCAUAUGGACAUUUGUCCAUUGAUACUGUGACUGUGGCUGAUGAAUUCACACCUUAUAACUGUUGGUGCACCUGUAACUGUGUGCAGAGGGAACAUGAGCAUACCAGUGAGGAAGAUCGUGGUGCUGGGGAAGCUGGUUACCCCAAGGUUAAUGUCAAUGAUGAAGACGGAAAGAUAUCCAGUGACUUGCAUCUGGCUGAUCUGAGCACCCAGGACAAAAUACUUGCUUCAGGAUCUGUGUCAACAGACCACCUGAGGAGUUCGAGUGUCCCAGCCCACCAGCAAGUAGAAAGGGCUUUGGAAGGAGGGAUGGGGAGCAUCCUAGAAGCACUUUGCUUGCAGCAGUGGGACUUGGAAAAUCCAGGUUCUCUGCCUUCUCCUGAUGGUGAAAGUGUUUCCUACAGCGAAGCCUCCUGUGACUUCUUCCCUCACAUUGCAAGGCCGGGUGACAGUUACCCUAUGAUCUGCAUAGAUUUGGACACUUUUGACAGUGGUUUUGUGGACUCAGACUGUGGGAGUCCGGUUGACUGUGAAUUUGAGCAAAACAGUCGGACCAACUGUGAGUCUAUUCCUCUUGAGCAGGAGGGAGAGGACUUUCCACGGAGUUACGUCAAGCAGUGGGUCUCCUGUCGCUCUGACAGCCCUGACAAUGGGACACAGACAGACUGAGGACUUGAUGUUGCCUUGCAGAGCAUAGGGCUUUUUCCGUAUGGUGCCACAAAGUGCUAGCAAAAUUCAGAAAAGAAACAAAGUUUACUUUGUGUAAACUCUAUUAUGUACAACUGAAAACUGUUAGAUCUAUAGAAAUUCAUGCCUAUUUCUAUUGCCACUUAACCUGUUAAUUUCUCAAACUUGAGGUGAUUGAUUUCUUCCUUUUUUAAAAAAAAUUCUUAGGUCAAACCUCCUUAUAAUGGCAGAAAAAGCAACUGUACCUUGAAAAUUACCCUUUAGCUUAUGUAGUCGUACAAAUAUUUUUUACACUAUCCUUACAAAGUGUACAGAAAUUUAAAUUAUUUUUCCUGGUAUUCUCAGGUGGCUUGAGUUUGGAUGUACGUGGAAUCUUAGAAGCAUAACCCAUGGCAAGCAUGUUUGUUACAUUAAAGUUCCCCUACCCUUUCCAAACACAGGUGGUUGCACUUUUCCUACUAAUAUUUUUGGAUUCUUAAACCCAGCUGUAAUUGUUUGUUAACCAUGAAGGGUCUCAGCCCUGCCCAUGGGGAAUGAUCAAAACUCAUUCUCAUAUAAUUAUCACAGACCUUUGUGUGUGUCCUAGAGACUAAACACAACUCAGGCUUCAGAAAGACUUUGCCUUCCCAGGUGGAAUCUACAAACAAUAUAAUCCCAAACACAUAUAAUUCCAGACGUUCUUGCUACCAGGGCUUUCUACUGAAUCGGUAU